CAUUCUUUAAAAAUCAGGGUAAAAAAUUCCAUUCACCACCACCACCACCGUUCAAUUCCUUUCGGCAACUCAUGAACUGCCACUGGAUAUCGUGUACCUGACGGACUACAAUAACAUAAUUGACUCAAACCUCUCAAGCCUCAACUGAAUUGAGGAUCUUCUUGGAUGAAUGAGGAUGAAAUCCAUGUAGAAGUCUUUUGAUCAGAAUUGGAUAGACACACCAGGGUGCUUGAGUACGGGGAUGUUGCUACCUCAACAGAAUUAUACGGCUCUAAAUCUUCAUCUUCUGCCAUUUGUGAUCUGCUCAUAAAACUUCAGGAUAAGUUUAAUGUGAGUUGUCAAAUGAAGGUAAGACAUAAAACUCUCAAACAUCAAAAUCAAGACAUAAUAUACCUCAUGCUGAACUGCCUUCCAAGAUUCAGAUGUAUUUCUUUCUUAUAUUCUUUGCCCAAAUUGUCCUACAAUAUAAAGCAAAUUCAUGCCCAAUUAAUCACUAAUGGCCUGAAAUAUCCCACCUUUUGGGCCAAGUUAAUUGAGCAUUAUUGUGGCUCACCGGAUCAACACAUUGCCAAUAAUGCACGUUUGGUGUUCCAGUACUUUGACAAGCCAGACUUGUUUCUCUUCAAUACUCUGAUAAGAUGUGUGCAACCAAAUGAUUCUAUUCUUAUUUUCCGAAAUGAGUUUUCUAGGGGACUCAUGUUUUUUGACGAGUACACUUACAAUUUUGUUCUUGGAGCCUGUGCUCGCUCUCCUUCAGCUUCAACAUUAUGGGUCGGUAGACAACUACAUGCUCUGAUAGUAAAACAUGGGGUUGAGUCAAAUAUUGUGGUUCCGACUACCAAAGUAUACUUUUAUGCGAGCAACAAAGACAUUAUCUCAUCCCGAAAAGUGUUUGAUGAAAUGCCGAGAAGAAGCACUGUUACCUGGAAUGCUAUGAUAACAGGUUAUUCUUCCCUUAAAGAAGGAAACAAGAAAUAUGCUCUCAAUGCGUUAUACUUGUUUAUUGACAUGUUGAUUGAUGUAAGUGGAAUUAAACCAACAGCUACAACUAUAGUUUCUGUGCUUUCAGCAGUUUCUCAAAUUGGUAUGCUGGAAACUGGUGCUUGCAUACAUGGGUUUGCAGAAAAGACAGUGUGUACUCCUGAAGAUGAUGUGUUUAUAGGCACUGGGCUUGUCGAUAUGUACUCAAAAUGUGGAUGUCUUGAUAGUGCCUUGUCUGUCUUCUGGCGAAUGAACCAGAAGAAUAUCAUGACUUGGACGGCAAUGACUACUGGCCUAGCCAUCCAUGGGAAAGGAAAACAAUCCUUGGAGGUUUUAUAUAAAAUGGGAGCUUAUGGUGUGAAGCCAAAUGAAGCAACUUUUACUAGCUUCUUGUCAGCCUGUUGUCAUGGUGGGCUUGUUGAAGAAGGCCUUCAAUUGUUCCUUGAAAUGAAGAGAACAUUUGGUGUGAUGCCUCAGAUACAACAUUAUGGUUGCAUUGUUGACCUUCUUGGCCGUGCUGGAAAGUUAGAAGAAGCCUAUGAUUUUAUCAUGCAGAUGCCAAUUAAUCCUGAUGCUGUAAUAUGGAGGAGUUUGCUGGCUGCAUGCAAUAUUCAUGGGGAUGUUGUGAUGGGAGAGAAGGUGGGGAAGUUUCUUCUCCAGUUAGAAGAGUGGAGUUCUGCAGAGUCUCCGAAGAGCGAGGACUACAUAGCUCUGUCAAAUGUUUAUGCUUUAGCAGAAAAGUGGGAUGACGUUGAAACUGUAAGGAUAAAAAUGAAAGCUAAGAGUAUUUUAAACAAAGCUGGUUCUAGCGCUGUUCAAACUGUCAGCAUGGCUGUGUUGUAAUUAGAAAUUGAUAUCUGAUUCUUUUAAAAAAUUUAUGUUAGCAAGACAAUAAACCCAUCAGACAAAGAAUAACUGGAGUAGCUGAGACUAAAAGCAAUAGUACAUAAAUAGAAGCAAUGACAAGUAUACAGUUUACUGAAAAAUACUCUUAAUUAACAGAUUGGAAAUGCGAGAUGUUCUAACAGCAGUAUAUAAGGAUGUACCAUGUAUAACUGGUGCACAGGUAUGAUACUAAUAAAAGUGUUGUUUUUCGGCUUUCA